CAGCGUUGAGCGUUGAGCAUGGCGGCUGUUUUACAGAAUUCCAGCUCGCUGCUUAACCAGCGUAAUCGUUAUCAGCUUUUGGCCACGUUUCUAGUGAACAUUGCAACGUUUGCUCAUGGCAUUGGCAUUGGCUGGAUGUCGCCAGUGAUGCGCGUGCUGCAAACUGCGGACUCGCCACUGGACUUUGAUGUGUUUGUGGAGCAGCUGUCCUGGAUUGGCUCCUUGCUGGGCAUUGGCGCUGCUAUAGGCAAUGUGCUGGCUGGCUGUAUGCAGGAUCGCAUUGGGCGCAAGUUUGUUAUGUUGGCUCUAACCUUUCCACAUGUGUGCUUCUGGCUGUUUUCCUACUUUGCACAAAGCGUGGAGUAUUUAUAUGUAGCUCGUUUGCUAGCUGGCAUUACAGGCGGCGCUGGCUAUAUAGUCUUUCCCAUAUUUAUAAGCGAAAUUGCAGACACCAACAUUCGCGGUCGUCUGGGCUCCAUGAUUAUGUUGUCGGUCAACAUGGGCGUCCUGGCUGGCUAUAUAUUGUCCACCUAUGUGGCUUACUUUACUGCAAUGUUUUGGGUGCUACCCUUUCCCAUUGGCUACUUUAUCUGCAAUCUCUUUCUGCCCGAGACGCCGCAUUAUCUGAUUAGCAAGCGCAAGUUUGCUGCUGCUGAAAAGUCCUUUAGAUUCUAUAAAAACAUUGGUGCAGCCGACAAAGCUGCCAUGUGGGAAUUUGAGGAUAUUAAGCACAAGCUAACAACAGAUCAAAGCUUGCAGCAAAAGUCCAGCAGCUACAAGGAUUUCGUUACGCCUGCUGCUUUGAGUGCAUACGCCACAGCUACAGUGUUGAUUAUAACAAAUCAGUUCACUGGCACCUUUUGCUUCACCACCUACAUGGCGAACAUCUUUGCGGUGUCGCACACUACGCUGGACGUUAAUAUGUGCACCAUAAUCCUGGGCGUAGUGCAAAUCGUUGGCACUUACAUCACAACAUUGCUGUGCGACAGAUGCGGCCGCAAGAUUCUGUUAUUGAUCUCCUCGCUGGGCGCGAGUGUGAGUCUCUGCAUCUUUGGCUUGUAUGUGUAUCUGGCGCAGCAGUAUGACUUGUCGUCAGUGGGCUGGUUGCCUUUGUUGCUGCUAUCGCUGGAUGUUUUCCUAUGCAAUAUUGGACUGGUGGGGGUGUUCUUUGUGCAGGUUGUGGAGCUGAUGCCGGCAAAAAUACGCUCGGUGGCCGUUUCAGCUGUGGUUGUUGCUUUGAGCAGCGCUGUGUUUGUGUCGCUUAAGAUAUUUCCCAUAUGCAUGGAUACAUUUGGCGUGGCCUACACCAUGUGGGGCUGCUCCUUUGUGGGCUUGUUUGGCUUUGUGUAUUUCUUGCUGUUUCUCAAAGAGACCAAAGGCAAAUCGCUGCUGGAUGCUUAGUAUAAAUAUAAUAAAAAUAAAGUA